AACAUUUGAAGAGUGCAUCACGCAGAGCAGCACUUAGCGCGAGAAUUGCAGCAAGAGAAAUUGAUCACAGUUUGUGACCAGACUUCUUCAUCAUCAUGGCAACUUUAUAGGUGAUACCUUUUCUCCUAGACUAACGGUUGUUUUUGGAACGAAGUGAGAAAUGAAGAUCGCGAGACAUUGUUUAUCAACACAGAAUACGAGAUAAGAAGAGAAUUAGAGGCCAGGAAUACACAGAAGCAGCAAACCAACUGACCAACCAGUCGGUGAUUCUUCUUACGGCCCAAAAAUAAUCGAUUGUGAUUGGUUAAGCUUCUCAUUGCUUCUUAUUACAUUUUUUUGUGCGCUAUCCGCUUUAUACGUGUGUAUUUAUAUUUGCGAAACGUCCGUUAUAUCGUGAGUUACUUGAGCGACGAAAACAUCUCGUCGAAUCGCACAAGAUAGACGUCGACAAGAACACGUAGCAGCGAAAUCGUCGCCUAUCCUGUUCACUCGAUUCGUCAAGCAAACUCAUCAGAAAGGCUCGUUCGAAUCGCUCCAAGACGACUUGACGCGCUGACCGGGUAGAAGCGGCUUGAUCGCAUUCAGAGGAGAGCAGAGAAGAUCGCCAUGAUUUCUUUCGUCAUAGUGCCGUUUCUCCUAGUCUUCGAAUUGUUACUUUACCAUACAAAGAAUGAUAUGUUCGUGAACUCGUUCACGGCCGUGAACACGUUCGAUGUGUUCGUGAAGUCGACGUUUGUCCCGAACUGGAGAGACUUCGACAGCCACCAGGCGAGUGGGAAUCUCUUGUCGCUCAAGCUGAUCUGUUAUGUCACUCUUUAUGACACAAUGUUGUGUCGCACGGAGAAGCCAGUUCUCGAGUCGCCGUCGAACUUAUACAGCACGAGCGUUUCCUCUUCGAAUUCAAAUGACAGGCGCAUCAGGCGCAAUUCCUUCGACCAGCCCGGCACACCCUUCGAGAUUCACUUCGACUACAGCGGAGUCGUCAGUUACGCCGUCGAGAAGGACGACGUAGAGUCGAUGCGGAUGAACAACGUGUACCGAAUGAUCGCGAAUCAGAUGAACGUGGGUGCUUAUAAUAUCUAUGACCACAGUGACUUUUACCCCAUAAUGGAACGAUCCACCGUGGGUUAUUGCCCGACGAAUUUCACGACCACGAGAUAUCCUUCGUCGAAGAAAAAGAUACUGUCGAAAACAUUGACGCCCUUCUUUCUUGAGAUGUUCGAUAAACACGGGAGUGUUUUGAUUAGCAAAUAUAGAAAUAUCGAUGAGUGUACGGAGCUGUCGCAUUACAGUUUCGCCGUGAGAUACUGGCAUGAAUUAGUUCCGGCGUUGAGCGUCACCGAGCACGUCAAAAAGUCGGAAAGUUUCAUAACAAUGGACAAGGACACUUUGGAAUCUACUACUGAGAAUUCGUUUGAUUUUCUUGACAAAAAUGGAAAGAGGAUCGGAUCUGUCGUGGAGGCGAUUGUUCUCAAGUUAACUUCGGUAGAUAUAAAGUCGAAGCACGGUGAGUUCGACAAUAACCUGGCUUAUCGAUUGGACGUAAUUAACAAUGAUAAGAUUUAACGAUCUAUAACUCUGAGCAACCGCUCAGCAGAACUGUUACACAGUGUGUGUAUCUCUUUUCAUCUUCUCCAUUCACCGCUGAGUCAACCAAACGACGAUAUGUAACAACUUUUUCACAAAUAAAACGACGACUGUAUGCUUGAUUAA